AUCAGCUGAGUCAUUAUUGAAAGCUCACCUUCUAAUAAAUAUCCUCUUUCUCAAGCUUAAGACCUGCAUAUUUCUGUGAUUGUGAUCUCUUGAAUUCCUGAUAUCUGUGUGGUUCUUUCCUUUAGAAGGUUGGUCACAUGGAAGAGAUGCCCAUUUGUACUAACCUAGUAAACUCAUGGAGCUUCAUCACUUUUAGGAUAUCUGUAAGGUUUUAUGAGUAAGUUGCUUUGUUUGGCAGUUGGGUCUUGGUUACCCAAUUGAACUGAUCAUACAUUUAGUAAGUUAACAGUGCCUUGUUUGGGUUAGCUUGGCUUCUUUUUGUUCCAUAUCUUGAGUGGUUGAUCUCCUUGAAAAAUGAGCCUUGAAUUCUUUUCAUCACACACCUGCUCCAAGGGCGCCAAAUCUUCUACUGAUUCCAUUGGUUGGUGUUCUGCUUUCAUUGACUUCUAGCCACCUCUCUCUCUCUCUCUCUCUCUCUCUCUCUCUCUCUCUCUCUCUCUCUCUCUCUCUCUCUCUCUCUCUCUCUCUCUCUCUUUCUUUCUUAAGUGGUAACAGUUUGUGGAUAAGCCAUUGGGAGGCAGAUGGGGAAGCUGAGUUUUGGGUGGGUUUUGGAUUGUCUCUGUCUCACUCCUGGCUCAAACUCAUCCUGCUUUUGUAUAAACCACUUGGACGGUAAAGAUGAUUCUGAGAGAACCUCACUCAUUCCAAGCAGAGGAAAACAGUUGGUGAGAUUAAGAGAUUUGGUUGAUGGGAAUAAUCAAUCUUUGGCUUUUCACUUGAAGCCCAAGACAGUUGUGUUAAGGGUUUCCAUGCAUUGCAAUGGCUGUGCAAGAAAAGUUGAGAAACACAUCUCGAAGAUGGAAGGAGUAACCUCUUUUCAAGUAGACUUGGAAAGCAAGAAGGUGGUGGUGAUGGGUGAUAUUCUUCCAUUUGAAGUGUUGGAGAGUAUAUCCAAGGUCAAGACUGCAGAGCUAUGGACUUCUUUUUGAUCAAGAAAACACAACCCAACAAGAGAAAUUGAUAAACAAAUCCAGUAGUAGUCCAUUGUUAUACUCAGUUCUACCUAAUCUUCCAUUGGUGUUCUUCAAUUUCUCUUUUCUGUUCUGUCUUUUGUGUGUAAUCUACUAACCAAAAACAGAUAUUAUAAUGUGAUUGAUCUGUAUACUAAUGUGGUUGAUAAUGGUUAUAAGUUGUCCUCACUCCUUUGUAAGUGUGGUUGAUCCUCUUUUUAUCUUUGGCCGGUUUGGAUUUGCAUUUGCUUUGGAAGGCGUGGUGCACCAGACUCAAGGUUAGUGAUGGUAGCAAAGGGCUUGGCCCUGUGGUUCGGCAUGACUUCAUGGAUCGACCUAAUUUGGAAGAGUAUUUAUAUGUUAUGAUGAUGUCUCGUUGUGUAACAAUGUAAGCAAUGUGAGAUUUAUGGUUUCUAGGCGAGAGUUUCUUGCGGCGAGUUUGGGUGUUCUUCAAAGAUCUACAUUGUAAUCUUUCUUUCAACAUAGUGAAUUAUCUUCUUCUUUGUCCGGGGAUA